AUGUCCGAUCACAGUACUACGACCCAUGCUACGGCGUCCGCGGGAACCGACGCGCUCCGCAACCCUGGUCCAGUGGUGCGGGCGAAUAGUAUUCGAGCUGGACUACUCAAUCGUGGACGGACUCUCGGCAUUGGAUGCUGGAAUGUACGAACGUUCCUGGACCCUGGUACCCAAAGUCUGACCGCACGCAGCCUUCAUCAGUACAACGUGGAUGUCUGCUGUCUGUCCGAGGUACGACUCCCUGACUCGGGCUCUCGUGAAAUAAAGAUCCCGGGAGUCGAAUCCCACUUCACCCUGUACCACAGCGGCCCCCGCGAUUCCUUUGGUCGACACGGUGUGGCGAUCGCCCUAUCACAACAAGCGGACCUUGCGCUACUUGCUUGGGAACCAGUAAAUGACCGGAUGGCCUACGUGCGACUGAAGGGUCACUUCACGAACAUCUCCAUCGUCGCUGUGUACGCACCAACUUCGGCUGCCGACCAGCGCGAUAAAGAGGCGUUUUACUCUCAGUUGCAAGCGCUAGUUGAAAGACUGCCUCGCCGCGAUCUGCUGAUUGUUGCUGGCGAUUGGAAUGGUCGAACUGGACCUGGCGACCCCACAACCAGUCAUCUUCUUGGCCGCUUUGGGCUUGGUUCCCGAUGUGAAAAUGGUGAGAGAUUGCUGAACUUCGCUGAUCGAAACCGACCGCUUAUCACCAACACAUGCUUCCAGCAUCGCAAAAAACAUCUGCUGACCUGGUAUUCAAACGACGGUCGUACGGCCAGUCAGAUUGACUACAUACUAGUCAGCUCAAGGUUUCGCAGCGGGGUUCACGAUAGCAGAUCGAUGCGUGGUACCAAGACUGUUAACGCCCAUGGGUCGGGCCAUGUCCUCGUCCGUACACGCCUGAAAGUUCAUCUCUCAUCCGCACAAAAAAUGCCACGUCCUAGACGCCUCAAUGUUGCAAAACUCCGGCAAGCCAGCACUGCCGAGGCCCUAAGCAGAGAAAUCCGGACCUGUUUUACGGCCCGAGCCGACGGAGAAGUCAGUAACCAGUGGUCUUCACUAAAGACAUCAGUCUAUGGGGCAGCUGAGAAAAUCCUUGGAUACACCCAGCGACGCCGCAGUGACUGGAUCGGCGGAAAAACCCCGCAGUUGUCUGCUCAGACGGCUAGAGCCAGGUCCCGCAACGAUGACUACUUCCGCCAACUUCGGAAGAUGACGGCAAAAUCGGCCAGGGAUGACCGGAAACAAUAUUGGGCUGAAAUAGCGACAUCCAUGGAACAGGCCUCGACCGUUGGUGACACUCGAAAGCUCUACCGUCUGAUCCGCCAAGUUAGCGGUAAGCCCUCUACACUGAGUGACUCUGUUCGCGAUGUGAACGGCGGCUUUAUUGCUGACAACUCGGCCAAAGUCGAGCGCUGGCGUGAGCCCUUUGAGCGCCAUCUCAACUUCGAUACCCAACCUACAUCGCCCUUGUUCUCCUCCUCAGCGGAGUUUCUUCCCUCUCCUACCUAUGCAGUGCCAUGCGAUCCCCCCUCCGAGGAAGAAGUCGCCGAUGCCAUACGAAAGUUGCGCAACAAUAAGGCACCCGGAGAGGACGGUAUACCCGCUGAAAUCUUCAAGUCUUGUGUCGAAACUCUGGCGCCCUGGCUCCAUGAGGUGAUUGAAAGAGCGUGGACAGACGAGGUUGUUCCUGAUGACUGGGGCUUAGGCAUCCUUGUACCUAUUCUCAAGAAGGGAGAUAAGACGAGAUGCGAGAACUACCGCGGCAUAAGUCUCAUCGACGUUGCUGCGAAGAUCUUCGCUAUUGUCCUACUCAGGCGAUUCCAGGCUGUGCGUGACUCAAGGACGAGGCCCAACCAAGCCGGAUUUCGUGCUGGACGUGGAUGCGCAGAUCAGCUAUUCACACUGAGGCGCAUUCUCGAAUUUCGCCAUCGCUACCAACAACCGACGGCCAUCUGCUUCGUUGACUUUGCCGCCGCAAAAAUCAUCGCCAUGAUCAAGGCCUACUAUCGUUCCACUACUGCGACAGUCCUGGUCCGUAACAAUCUUUCCCAACCGUUCGGUAUUCGGUCUGGCGUCCGACAGGGUUGUAUCCUGUCACCCAUACUGUUCAACUACGCUAUUGACUGGAUCCUCGGGAGGGCCCUACGCGAGAGUGACGGCGUUGAAUUUGCACCCGGACAUCGACUGACUGAUCUCGACUAUGCCGAUGAUAUCGCCUUACUUGCUUCACGUUUUGGUGAUCUGCAGUCUAUGGUGUCACGGCUGAACGAGGUCGCUAAAUCAGUCGGUUUGUCCAUAAACGCUGGGAAGACCAAAGUAUUCUCAAGCUGCAUCCCUGACCAGGAGAAGGCACCCCUGGGGAUUGAUGGCUGUCAACUUAAAGAAGUGGACAGUUUUAAAUACCUCGGGCGCGGCUGCUGCCUAAUGGACAGAGUAAGGACGACAUUGUCUCCCGAAUCGAUGCUGCCCGCUGGGUUUUUUCAAGCCUUCGGAAAUGCCUGUGGAACCGACGUGACCUCUCCAUCGCCACUAAGAUUCGCGUGUACCGUGCAUCUGUCUGGUCUGUCCUUCUCUACGGUUGCGAAUGCUGGGCUUUGCGCGUGGCGGAUGAGCGAAAACUGGAGGUAUUUGACCACCACUGCUUGAGGAUCAUCCUUCGAGUGAAGUUCACCGACUUCGUCUCAAAUGAGAUAGUCCGCGCUCGCUGCGACAACAUCGCGAGGACAACUCAGGCCAUCCAAGAAAGACGACUGAGGUGGUUCGGGCAUGUUCUUCGUCGUCCACCUCAGGAGCUCAGUGUUACUGCCCUCGAUCCGGCACCGUUGUCCCAUUGGAGGCGUCGAAGAGGGGGUCAGUUCAAAACCUGGCUCGACACUGUCCGUCAAGACAUGGAGGUGGUUAUUGGACCUUCGGUAUUCGGUCUCCGUCGUUGGCGAAGGGAAUGGGUUGAGCUGUCUAGAUCUGCUGCCGCGGAUCGUCACGCGUGGAGAGGUACAAUUCGAGACAUCAUCGAGGCCGGCUAG